CCGCAUUGAUGUAAACAAUCCGAGGCUUAUUUGCCAUGCGUAAAGUAAAGAGCGAUUGAUGAAACGAGUGGGAUUAUUAUUAUUAUGAGAGUGGGUGAUUGUCAAAACUUUGUUUUUUGAGAAGUAUAAUCCAAUUAAAUUUGUUCCAACCAAUUUAACAAAGCACUUUUAAAGCUAAAAGUUUCAUAAUCUUAAUCAAUGAAACAUUUUUGAACUCCGAUAUAUAAAAGUGGCUUUUCCUAACAUUUAAAGGUUUUCAGUCGGCCCAGUGAGGAACUAACUGUGCUGGAUGAUGUCAUUUCGAUGCUGAGAAUGAUUACAGAGACAAGGAAUCUUCCUGACGGAAUGUGACUGCGACAAGAAUGUAUUUCACACUCCACAGAUAUGCACUUCAGCUCUAAUUUCUAUAACAGACGUAUUUUAGAUCCUGACUUAUAUGUUUUAUAUUGCCUAUUAAUUUGCAUUUAUGGAUAUUUUUUAUCCACAUAUAAAAAGAGAAAUCUAUCUGUUUAAUUCGCGAAUUGGAAAUAAAGAGGAAACCACAUAGUUGUGACAUACGAACUAAAGUGGAUUUUUUUUGUGUGUGUGUGCUGAUUGCUUUUAAAAGUCAUUAUCUCAUUACUUACUGAAUGGAAAUGCAGAAUACCUGUCAUCUAUGUAGUAAAGUGUUUCCUCAAUCCUACCCUUUAUGAACUGACGCCACAAAAAAGCAGCAGCAUCCUUCCAUUUUGUGUAGUAAAGUACUUUCUUGGCAGGAAAAUUCAAAAUUAAAUCUAAUUGCUUGUUCUAAAAAGCAAAGAAAAACUGCAUGUUGUGAGUUUUGCUGUAAAAUAUUUACAUCUAUAGAUUAUUUAAAGAUAUAUUUAAGGACUUGUACGAGAGAGAAAAUUGUUUACAUGUUACGCUUGUAGUAAAGUAUUAAUUUUUCUAGCAUAAAUAAUGUCAGAUUUAGAGACAUAUAUAGAGGAGAAACCAUUUGUCUGUGAUUUUUGCAGCGAGGCAUUUUCUCGAAACGAAUGUUUAAAUGAACAUUUACGGACCCAUACGACAGAUAAACCAUUUGUAUGCAACAUGUGUAAUACAGCUUUUACACAAUUAUCUAAUUUAAAAAAGCAUUUGCUGACACAUACGAAAGAGAAAAAGUAUGCAUGCAACAUUUGUAAUAAAGCUUUUACACAAUUAUCUAAUUUAAAAAAGCAUUUGCUGACACAUACGAAAGAGAAAAAGUAUGCAUGCAACAUUUGUAAUAAAGCGUUUUCGCUAAAUAAUGAUUUAAAACUACAUUUACAAAUCCAUACAGGAGAGAAACCAUAUGUAUGCAGCAUCUGCAGAAAAGCUUUUACUCUGUUAAGCAUUUUAAAAAAACAUUUGCUGACGCAUUCGAAAGGGAAACCGCAUGCAUGUAACAUUUGUAAUAAAGCUUUUUCUCAGAUUUCUGGUUUAAAAUCACAUUUGCUGACACAUACGAAAGAGAAACCAUUUGCUUGUGACAUUUGUAAUAAAGCAUUUUCUCAAUCAAUUAGCUUAAAAACACAUUUAUUGACACAUACAAAAGAGAAAUUGCAUGCAUGCAGCAUUUGUAAUAAAGCUUUUUUGCUAAACAGUGCUUUAAAAUUACAUUUACGGAUUCAUACGAAAGAGAAACCAUAUGUAUGCAGCAUCUGCAGUAAAGCUUUUACUCUGUUAAGUAUUUUAAAAAGACAUUUGCUGACGCAUACGAUAGAGAAAUCGCAUGCAUGCAACAUUUGUAAUAAAACUUUUUCUCAGAUUUAUAGUUUAAAAAGACAUUUGCUGACACAUACGGAAGAGAAACUGUAUGCAUGUGACAUUUGUAAUAAAGCAUUUUCUCAAAAACAAUAUUUAAAAAAACAUUUACGAGUGCAUACAAAAGAGAAACCAUAUGCUUGUGACAUUUGUAAUAAAUCAUUUUCUCAUUCAAACAGUUUAAAAGCACAUUUAUUGACCCAUACAAAAUAGAGACUGCUUGCCUGUGACUUUUGCUGUAAAACCUUUUCUUCUCUAGACCUUUUAAAAAGAUAUUUGCAGAUACGUACAUAGGAGGAACUAUAAGUCUGUGAAAUAUGUAGCGCGCAAUUUACUCAGCAUGAACAGUUAAAGAUACGACAACAGGCAAAAAGGAAUCCCAUGCUUAUAACAUUGGUAAUAAAGCAUUUUUUAAAAAGGGAAUUUAUGAAGAUACUAGCUGAACUCAUCAUUAUUUUGAUACUAGAUUUUGAAUAUAUUUAUUUAUCAAUUAUUGCAUUUAAUUUACAUUAAAUACACAUUAUUUAUGUUUUGGAUUAUACGAAUUAUAAUUACUAUUGAAUUCAACUUAGCUUAUUCCAAUGCUUUUGUAUAUACAAUAUUUUUGGUGAUCCCAUUUGGAAAAUAUGCCAAACAAAUCUCUUGUUUUUCCUGCAUGUGAGUAUGCAAUGUAUUUUCUCUGAGAAAAACAUGGACUUUCCAAAUUCAAUCCAAAUACCCGGCCUUUUAUUAUCAUGUGAGAAAUUUAACAGAUUUUAUUAAUAACUUUUGCCUCUGUAUUUAUUAGA